GUAGGGAUGUUCAUAAGUUGCCUAGAUAAUCAUAACCCGGUCCUCAUUCCUUGCACUCCAGUAACUUGAAGCCAAGGCUGUUCGAGUAAAUCAGCAUGUUCCGCUACGGUGUUCGCUUGGCUUCCUCUUUGAACGUAGAUUGGCAAAAGCACUGCUCACGCUCACAGCAGUCCUCAGGCCUCAUGGCAUCAACGUUUUGUUUUCGAUGCGUGUAGAUAAUUAUACGCAUCCCAGCAGUGCUUUUGUAUCUCCAAUCUAUUUAAUACUAGAGCGAUGGGUUUGGGAGAUAUCCCCGACUGCAACGAUCCCAAAAAUCCAACGAUGGAAAACAAACAACCUCAUCAAUCGUCUUCCGCGUCUGAGGCUAGUUCUGUUGGCCCAACACGUGCUUCCCUAUCUCUCUCUCAUUCCUCGCUUUCUUCCCACCUUCCCCCUCCAUGUCCACCGGUAAUAGCUACCUGCAAGCAAAUAACAGAUGCAACAGUGGAGACUGGUGACUGCAACAACCCGAACUGUAUUUUGUGCGCUAGUUGUAGUCUUCACCAACGCAAAGCAGCAGUGGAUGAGUUCACUGCUACCUUUGCAGGUUUGAUGGGAAUCUCGCUUUUUGGUGCCAGUUUAGCUUGGUCAGCGCUGUUCAGCGGAUCGCGUGGAGACCUCGUCUUGUUCUCGUGGGCUGCCGCGGCUUUUGUGUCUGCAGGAGUCUCCGCGUCUGGUAUGUGCAUGAUUCUCAAAUCCGAGGAACUUGACAUCUCCAGAGGAGCCAAAGACAGGCUUCCGAGGCACAUGCUACACAUGUUUGCUAUUAGCUCAGGCCUUCUUGCGUUUGGGGGGAUUGUCAUGAUGAGUGUGGCGGUGAUGCAUCUCGCCGUUGAUGGAGGCGACACCGCUAUGCACGGUUUGAGUACUCCUUGGAGAAAAAGUCUAACCUGGGCCGCUGGAAUUUUUACCAUCAUCGCCUCCCUCUUCUAUGGGCUGCUGGCAUUUGGUUUGAUGAUUUGGUAUAAGUGCCAUCCUGGGUCAAAGAAUCGUUAACUAACAGAUUCUCAGCAACUUCGGCUUGAUAUACCUUUCUAAUGUUAUACAUAAAUAUGUUGAGAAUCGUUAUUCAUGAAUCAUGAUAGGUG